AUGCUCGUCGUCUGCUACGCGAAGGUGGUCCUCACGGGGCCUGGGGAGGUGCCCGACUCCGUCGAGUGGAAGAUGGGCGAGAGCAUGGCGAGCAGCCUGAGGGGCACCAGAGAAGUGAAGACCAGCGGGCAGAAGCGGCACUGCAAGUGGUGCCUGAAAUACAAGCCGGACAGGUGCCACCACUGCCGCAUGUGCAAGGUCUGUGUCCUCAAGAUGGACCACCACUGCCCGUGGGUGGCGAACUGCAUCGGGUUCAGGAACCACAAAUACUUUUUUCUCCUGGUGAUCUACUCGGAGCUAAGCUGCCUCUUCAUCGCCCUCACGGUCCUAGGGUCGGUGGUGGCGUCUCUAGACCAGGAGAUGCCGACUGGGCACCGCUUCUUGCUGGCGUGGUGCGCCACUCUGUCCGUCGUCAUGGGGGUCCUCCUGGGCAUUUUCCUCUCUUUCCACAGCUGGCUCAUGCUGAGCGGGCUCACCACCAUCGAGUUCUGCGAAAAGGGCGCGACGGAGGGGCGCGACAGAUCAUGGACCACCCCCAGGAGGUCGCAGUGCCAGUCCUACGACAGGGGGCUCUGCACCAACGUCCUGGCGGUGCUGGGGCCGCGGCCCCUGCUAUGGCUGCUGCCCUGCUCCCCGCCCGCUGGCGACGGCGUCUCCUGGGGCGCCGCGCUGGCCGCCGCGCCCGCGCCGGCCGCCGCCCGGGCGACCGACGGCCCGGCGGCGCAGCUGCUGGACUCGGACGGCGCGGGGGGCCGGCACGACGUAGAGGAGGCCGAGCCGGAGGCGGAGGACUCCCGGGGGGGCCCUCGCAGACCUGGGGGACGCGGAGCGCGCGGCCCGGCUCGCAGGCGCGCUCCCGGGCGGCUCGCGGGCCAGCCACGCGCCGGACGGCGCACCCCAGGCGCUGCCCCCGCCGCCGGCCUCGAGCCCGCCCGACGGCACGAGGGGGGCCCCGCCCGCUGCGGCCCCGCCCGAGGCGCGGCGCCCCAGCGCGGAGGAGUGGCAGGAGGCCUCCGACGUGCUCCCUGA